GGGAAGGGGAAAGGCGGCGGAGCGCGGGUCAGAGCGCAGAGAGGCUGGCGGAGCUCCUUGCGGCUCAGUGCAGCGCACCCACGAGCCCAGGGCGCGGUGUCCAACUAGCAGACGGCGCCCCUCGGAGCCUCGCCGCGAGGCAGGACUAAAUGGAAAGAGACUACAGGGCUGAUCAGAGAGGAUGAGAAACAAGGAAUGCUUCUGAAGGAGCUCCCAAAGACAAUACUGAGACCCUAGAUGUGUCCAGGGACAUCCUGAAGAAGCUGAGGGGCUGAGGAGCCUUAGGGCACCCACAGGGAGAUUCCUGAAGCCGACUAGGAGCCACUGAAUUUGUCUGCUGUUUGAGUUUCCUUGGAUUCUUGUCCCACCUCAAUCCCUGUUGCUAUGGAGACCACCAAUGGUACUGAGACCUGGUACAAGAGUCUGCAUGCUGUGCUGAAGGCUCUAAAUACCACUCUUCACAGCAACUUGCUCUGCCGGCUGAGUCCAGACAACCUGACUGAGGAGCGGCGCGCCAGCCUACCUGGCCGUGAUGACAACUCCUACAUGUACAUUCUCUUUGUCAUGUUCCUAUUUGCUGCCACUGUGGGCAGCCUCAUCCUGGGAUACACCCGCUCCCGCAAAGUGGACAAGCGCAGUGACCCCUAUCAUGUGUACAUCAAGAACCGUGUGUCCAUGAUCUGAUGCUAGGAGGCUUGAGAUGGCAGAUUAAGACACCUGAGGAUUAUCUUCUGGGGCCUCCAGAACUCAGCUAUGGACCAUGUCAGGCCUCAGUGUCCUUAUCUGUAAGAUCAACAAGAAACUGCUGAGAGAGGUCAUUAUUGGGGUAGGUGAAGAGGGUCUAGGAGACCUGGGCCUUGUAGAUAAGGAUUUUUUUCCAGCAAAAAUAGACUUCAUAGACAGUGGGAGCCCUAUGAACAAAUAUAUAGAAGUAGCAACAUAUGAUGACCAAUCAGUAGUUUAGUGGCCAGAGUACUGGGGGCUUGGAGCUGGAGGAAGGAGAAGAGGAAGUUGUAUUAGAGGGAAAUGAAAUAGGAAGAUGCCCUGAGGACACAUUUUUUGAUUUGUGACCUUCAACAAACAUGAGCAGCAGCAGUGAUUGUCCCAUAUCACAGACAGGAAAUCUGAGUAAUGUUAUUUAUUUAUAUUUGCCCACAUUUGAUGUUUUCCUACCCAUUUAAUAUUUGUGAUUUUACUCCCAAGAGGGAAGCAGAGCAAGUGCCAUUCUGUCAAUUUGGGCCAGAGCAGUCCCAUGACUGGCACCCAGUAACUCUGGGCUCCUUGCCUAGUGCUUUUCAAAAGUCUGUGCCACCCAGGAAUGGAUCUAGACCUGAAACAUAUACAAUUCUGGGGGGUCCUCCUGAAAAAAAAAGAGAAUUUAAAAAUAACUUAAUUUUGUAAAUAUUACAAAAAUAUAUUACCAUGUUAAUACAUUGUUAGGGCCCCUCCUAAGACCUUAAGAAAGAGCCACAUGAGUACAGGGCCCUGAUUGUUAAGCCUCAUUAGCUCCGAGGUUCCUGUGCCCCUCCAGCCAUGUCCCAGUGCCCUUCCCAGCCACACUCCAAGCAUGGGGACUUCACUACCUCUAAGGCAGCCUUCAACAUUUUGAUUGAAUUCUGUGAGAACUUUUGAUACCAAGUUGAAAUCUGCAUCUAGAAGAUUAUUAUCACACAUAGAUCACACAUAGAAGAUUGCUAUAUUAAAAGAAACAACAUGAAAAGGCAGGUGCCUGAUUCAUUGGAGAGAGAACCAGCCCUGAUUCUACCAUGAGUGUGGUGUAUAAUAAACUGGCUAGACAUUUCUCUCUCUGCCUCUUUUCCCUCUUUGGCACUGUGAAAUAGUUAGAAAGUUGAAACAAUUGAAAGUCUCUGAGGACUCUACCAGAUCUGACAUUCUAGGCUUCACAUACAUUGAUCUGAACAUACAUUGAUCUGAACCAUACAAAACUUGUAGGUCAAAAACAGCUGAAUAACAGUACUUUCAUGCGGUUCAGCUGAAUACGUGAAAUGUGGCAGGUAAAUACUUUACAAGCUACAAAUCCCAGGCUGGAACCUCCCACUGUUCUGUUUGAUUUCUAUUUGUAAGGAAUCUCCAUGGGGUCUCUAGAAAGCCCCAUUAAAACAUACAUAUUUGUGUUUAGCAAAAACUCUGAAAGAAUAUUACGAUAGCACUUAUCUCUGAAGAGAAGGAUUACGGGUGAUUUUCCCUUUCUACUUUAAAAAUUUAUGUAAUAUUUGAUUUGUUUGACUAUGAAUGUAUUUCUUGUAUAAUAAGGUGGGAAAAGCUACUUCCACUUUGAAAAAUAAAAAUAAAUGCCUGUGUGUUUCUUGAAUGGAAGAUCACAGAGCAUUGGCUCCUGUGA